AUAAAUUAAAAUUUUAGGGUUAUAACAAUAUAUGUCACAUUUCAAGCGGCAUGGGCUCAACCAAAGCCAUACCAAAUUACCAGACUUACUCAGGAAAACGGAAUGUACUUUGAAAACCAAGGAUCACUACGACUAACUAACUCUGACUGGAAACUAUUAAUAUAUGUAAAACUUAACAACUUUAACGAACGAACAACUAACGCUAUGAAAUUUUAUAACAGAACAUUAGAAAUAUGUAACGACUUAACGAUAGUAUAUGAGGGCAUGUUUAAAGCAAAUUGUGAUUAUUUUAAGUUAGUAGCUAAUGGACUCGAGCAGGAAGUCUCGAGGAAACGAUUUUUUAUGUUACAAUCAAUAGAUGAAACAGAUACAAUUACCCGGGUAAGGAGGGGUUUAAUUAAUAUAAUAGGUAGAGUACAGAAAACCUUAUUCGGUACAUUAGAUGAUACUGACGCAGAAAAAUAUGACCAACAAAUAGAAAGAUUACAAAAUAGUCAACAAAACUUAUUAAAAAUUGCCGAUAAACAGACUAGCAUACUAAAAGCAACCGCGAAUACAUUCAAGGAAGCUACAAAAAUGGAAAUGCAAAUUAACAGAUUAGGAGUAUUAUGUGAUAGAUUAGAAUCAACCGUAAAUCAAACAGUAAUAGAUAUAGAUAUAGUAGAAGCUAGAAAUAAUAUAAAUGAACAGUUCAAUAUUAUAAAUUUACUUUUCCAACAAAUAAGUUUCGAAACUGAUACCAUAUGUGAAGUAAUUAUAGCAGCCCAAGGGGGUAUAAUACAUUCAAGUGUAUUGUCAGUCAUGGAAUUACGACGACAGUUAAAAGAUAUUUCAUUAACCAUUCCAAAGGAACAAAGUUUACCAUUCGAUGUAAAUCAAGUAUCAUUAUACGAAUUAAAACUUACCUUAUACCACGUAAUACCAUUACCAGUAGUUAAAAACGACCAUUACAUGCAUAUAAUACCAGAAUAUAGUUACAUAGCUAUUUCAAAAACUCAUGAGUAUUAUUUAACAUUAUCUUUAAAUCACCUUAACACAUGUAAACAAAUAAAAAUAGGAACUUUAUGUCUGGAAACUCAAUCAUUACGAUUAGGAGCAAGCGAAUUACCAUGCGAAGUAGAAGUAAAAGAAAUAAUUAAGAAGACAUUAGAAUUAAUAGCAAUAGUGCGUGAGGUGCGUGAACCAACUUGUUCACAACUAGCAAUAUUAAUGGAUGAAGUAAUACAGGCAGCAGCGGCCGCCGAGGAAUAA